GUCGACUCUCUAGAAUUGAUGUUGCAGUGGGUCUAUUUAGUGAUCCACUGCAACAUCAACAAUCUUAUGUCAAGUAUUAGCUUCCAUACUCACCACAACUCCAACAACUAAGCAUGGAAGCCAGGAAUUCUUUGCCUGAGAUUCAAGGCCCUUCACAUUUCUUCAAGGUCAUCCUUCCCUCAACACUUGAAGCUAAGAUGCUGAAAAUCCCACCAAAGUUUGUGACAAAGUUUGGGGAUGAGCUUUCAAGUGUUGCAACACUAACACUUCCUAACGGUAGAGUUUGGCAAGUUGGAGUGGUAAAAGAAAGGGGAAAGAUUUGGUUCGGUAAUGGUUGGUCUGAGUUUGUGGAGAACCACUCCAUUAAUACAGGACACCUCUUGGUUUUCCGAUUCAGAUCAAAUUCAAAUUUUCAUGUCGUUAUAUUUGAUAAGAGUGCUUUUGAGAUCGAGUAUCCGAUUAGUGAUGGUGAAGAGCAAGAAAGUGACUUGGAAAGUGUUGAAGAACAGUCUGUGGAGAUAUUGGGUUCUACAACUUUAAAUUCAUCUUUCAGGACUUUGGGAAUCAAUUUUAAAAAUAAAAGUGCAAGGGCUGGGCCAUCUCGCAAUGCUUACUCUCCAACGCAUAAAAAUGAACCAAGAAGAACUGCACGACAAGUAAGGAAACAGGCAGUGGAUAAAGGAAAUCAACUUGAUCAUCAAGAGUUCUAUGGUUUCCUUGAAGAAUUGUGGAUUUCUAUCAGUAAAGCAUGUAGAAAUUUUACCGUGGAAGAAAGACAGAGAGCACUUCUUGCAGCCAGAUUGUUCAAGCCAAGCAAUCAUUCAUUCUUGGUUAUUUUGAGGACCCGUGACUUAAGAAAUGAAUAUGUGUAUAUGCCAAAGACAUUUUGGGUCAAGUGUUUGAGUAAAGAAGUAAAACAGAUAAAAAUACAAGAUUGUGACAGAAAAGAGUGGCCGCUGAGUAUCACACACUCGCGUCGUGGGAGACUGAUAAGAGGAGGUUGGCGUAAAUUUCAACAAGAGAAGAAUUUGGAGGAAGGAGACAUUUGUGUCUUUGAGCUGAUGAGAAAGAGAAAGAGAAACGAUGACUUUAUUCUGAAAGUUUCAAUACAUAAAAUUAAUCCAUAAUCACAGUUAUUAGCAUGCAUCCUUGAUGUUUAACUUUAUUUCCAAAUUUUGUGUAUUUUAGAUAGUUUCAUGAAUGCGUU